AUGUCGUCGGGAGCCAUAGAUUCCUUAAAAAAAUCUGGGGAGGAUCAGCCUCCUAACAAUGGUCAAAACAUGAAUUUAGGUGAAUCUCACAAAUCAACUGAAAAUGUAGACAAAAAUAAAUCGAAUAAAACCUCCAGUGAAUCUCAGGGAACAUGUUACUGCGGGAAAGAUCGUAAUCUGAAUAUAGCAGAGUUAUUAUGUGCAUCAUGCAAUCGAUGGUUUCACGAAUCAUGUAUUGGAUAUCAAUUGGGAAAAUUGGUCCCUUUUAUGACAAAUUAUCUGUUUAUAUGCAAGAACUGCUCACCAACUGGACUUGAAACUUUCAAGAAGAACCAGGCGCCAUUCCCUCAAAUGUGCCUGACGGCUAUAGCAAAUCUCAAGCAGGAUAGUGUAAAGGUAGGCAGCAAUAGACAUCUAUUCAGCAAAGAUCGGGAGAUCAUACCUUACAUUGAUCAAUAUUGGGAAGCUAUGACUACCAUGCCCAGAAGAGUAACACAAUCCUGGUAUGCAACAGUACAGCGGGCCCUAAUAAAGGACAUUCAAGUGUUGUUCAUUUAUGAGGAAGACGCCAACCAAGGUCCAAUGUUUGGGUUGUACAAUAUGGAGCUUACGGGCAUUAAGCCCAACUACGAAGCUAUGAUCAAGCAGGGUCAACUGAAGGUCACCGAUAUGGGUAUUGCUACAAUACCACUAGCAGGGAACGUUAAGGGAAGGCAAGGCAAACGCCGACCUGCUGUCAGCGGUGCAGCCGAGCCGGGUGCUCCUAUCGGGAAGAAGGGGAGGACCGCAGACGUCGGCACUUUGAAACUACCCUCACAUGGCUAUCCUACAGAACAUCCAUUCAAUAAAGAUGGAUACAGAUACAUACUGGCUGAGCCAGAUCCCCACGCACCAUUUAGACAGGAAUUUGAUGAAAGCAACGAGUGGAGCGGCAAGCCUAUCCCGGGAUGGUUAUAUCGGUCACUAUGUCCCGGCGUAGUGUUGCUAGCCUUGCACGACAGAGCACCUCAGCUCAAAAUAUCUGAAGACAGGUUGGCUGUUACAGGUGAAAAGGGAUACUGUAUGGUGCGGGCUACGCAUGGUGUGUCGAUGGGGAACUGGUACUUCGAGGUGUGCAUCGAGGAGAUGCCGGAGGGGACGGCGACGCGCCUGGGCUGGGGGCGCCAGUACGCCAACCUGCAGGCGCCCGUCGGAUACGACAAGUUCGGCUACUCCUGGCGCAGUCGGAAAGGAACCAGAUUCCACGAGUCGCGCGGUAAACAUUAUAGCGAUGGAUACGGCGAGGGCGAUACUCUCGGCUUCUUGGUCAUGUUGCCCACGAGCACAACCACCAAGUACACGCCCAAUACGUAUAAAGAUAGGCCCUUAGUAAAAUUCAAGAGCCACCUGUACUAUGAGGAUAAGGACAACAUCCAAGCAUCUCUGAAUAAUCUCAAGGAGCUGCCGGGAAGUAAGAUAUUCUUCUUCAAGAACGGCGAGUGCCAGGGCGAAGCCUUCACCGACAUUUAUGAAGGAUGCUACUACCCCUCAGUGUCACUAUUCAGGAAUGUCACUGUUAGCAUCAAUUUUGGGCCCAAUUUUAAGUAUCCACCACCAAGCGAAUACAAUUACAGACCGAUGUCGGAUAAAGCUGAAGAAGCAAUCUGUGAACAGACCAUGGCAGACCUGUUGUACUUGACGGAGAACGAGGGUAAACUACGAUUGGACAACUUUAAUCUCUGA